AUGGCAGUGGAGGCCAUGGCACCCGCCACCAAGGGUUUAUCGCAGCGACAGCGGGGCGUGGGUUGGCCCACUUGCGCGUUUGUGCUGCUGGGCUUGGCGCUGGUCGCUCAGCCAAUGGCAGCCUUUACCAUCUCGUCAGCCGUCUCCUCUCCAACGGGCCCCGCUGUCAAUGCCUCGCUCUUGGUCACGCCGGCCGUGCUCAAUGCUUCCCUUGAUAACCUCACGCAUACCCUCCCCGUGCGCCUCGUGGUUGAGGGUCCGCCUGCCUGGCGUUUGCAAAACCUGACCGCUCAAUUCGCCACGACCAGUCCUCUGGCGCUGGGAGGCCCCAUGCCUGCUCUCACGGCUGCCCUGCCUGCCACAACGGCACAGUUGUCAUCCCAGACGGCCACUCUUGCGCAGGCAGAUGUCAAUGCCUCAUCUUUGAGCCUCGAUUGCAACCUGACCGUGUCUGUCGCGGCCGCCAAUGCCAUCCAUGGCGUUGUCGCUUUGCCCCUCACCGUCACCCUCUCCUUCUCAGCCCUCGAGCUUGACAAUAACCAAUCCAGCUACCCCAUCAGCUACACCACCAUGCUCGCUCUUCCAGCUGCCCACCCCCUCUUGCUUCAGGGUCCCGAUCCACUGUUUGGCACGCUGAUGACCACCCCCUGUGAAUACGCCGCCGUCGUCUCUGCCAUGGCUGAAGUCGACUUUUCCACUUGCGCCAUUCCCCUUUCCUCAGUGGCCCUUCCCACGCCCGUCAGCACCAUCAUGACCGUUCUGCAGGGCUGGCUUGGAGGCCAGAAUCCCCAGUAUCAGCCUCUCGAUCGCGCCCUCAAUGCCCUCAAGAUUGCCCUUGAAGAUCUUCAAAUGGUCUUAACAACCACCGAGUCCAUCUUGGACUGCGCGACUACGCAAGUCCUGACCACCCUAGCUGACGACAUUAUCCGCAUCUCUCAUGCCCAAGAAGCAGAGGCUCUUGCGUCGUGGACCUCCCUCGUCACCCCACAGUGUGGCAACGGCGUGUGCAACCUCACGGCGGAAUCCUGCCAAACUUGCCUCAGUGAUUGCGGCACCUGCCUCUUCGCCUUUGUCCCUUCCAGCUCCAACCAGCAAGUUCCCAACCUGCGCAGCCUUGUCGGUGCCUGGGAACCCUCGAGCAAACUCGGCGCUGUGCGCAUUUCUCCGUCCGUCUUUGCGCCCUUGGCAUCGGAGUCCCGCCUUUCCUUUGAUGUACUGGAUGUUGACAACUUUGCUGGCUACAAACUCACGUAUGAUGCCCGUAUUGACUCGGGUAGUGACGAGUAUCCUUACUUGCACACCCCGACGGCCGACUACGCCGACACGCUUUGCUUUGCUGGAUUGUCCUUUGCCUUUACGGCCAGCGGGCCUGUGGAUGAUCUCCGCUUUGUGCUUGACCUCUCUGGUGCUUUCAUGUUCCGGGACGCCGGCGUCGUGCUUCCCGUUGUAGCGUCCUGGAACGAGACCAGCCAAGCUUGGGAAGCCCUCGCCAAUCAAUCCCACGAUGCCUUGGCGCAAACUCUGACCUUUCACACUACUCAGUCGGCGCAGUACGCGCUUUACGCGCAACCCUUUGUGGCACCCACUACCACCACCACGGCGGCCACUACCGUUGCAACCUCAAUCGACAGCACUGCUACGUCUGACGCGACUACGACCAUCAAUCCCGCUCUGGCCAACGCUCUGGCCGACCUCAUGCCCGGCACCAACUCAUCCGAACGCGUCAGCACAACCCGCUUUUCCAAUACUCUCCUCAACGCUCUCGAUGCGAUUCUCGACUCAAUCGUUGAAACCCUGCCUGAGGGGGGCGUCGCGGUCCUGUCCCACAACGGGGUCUCCAUCAAGGCCGAAAAUCGCCCGUCCAAUGCGACCAGCAAUUAUACCGCAUCGGGCGUCCAACCCUUCCCCGCCGUGGGUCUGCCUCCAGAUUUUGCUGCCGUGCUCGCACAACUGGGCGUGACCGCAGGCGACUCUGUCAACUUGCUUCUCACCUCUUUUGAGGGGCAGAACCCCAACGCCUCUGGCAUCAUGGAUUUUACCAUCAAGCUGGGUCAAGAUAACCUCGAGGUGCACAACCUGUCCGAGCCCAUCCUCAUUUCUUUUUACGUUGAUUCUGACGUCAAUGCUUCGGAUGAGAGCGUGGAGUGUCGCUUUUGGAACGCGACGCUGCUGCAGGCCAACUGCACGCCCUCGGACACUUACGACUGCCUCGGCGCCUGGGACGCGACCGGUGUGCGCAAGGUCCCUGAGCUCAGCCACGAUAAUUAUGUCGUCUGCGAAACCGUGCAUCUCUCCACUUUUGGCGUGGGCGUGGACUUUACCAUCACGCCUCCCGACGUCUCGUUGGCCAACUUUAACCCGGCCAACGCCAAGUACAUUUGGGUCCUAUGGGGCAGUUUCUACGGCUUUUGUGGCCUGAUCUACCUAUAUGCCUUUUUUGAGAAGCGCGCCUAUGAUCGUCGUCAAGCAAUGAUCGAUGCCGGUCUGCUGUGGGCGGAUGAGCUUGGACCACGCGAAAAGUCAGACGCUGAAAUUGACCUUGAGCUGGUCAAUCACGGCUUCUUGGGCGGAUGGGCCCGCCGUUUUGCGCACAUGAUCAAGCGCAAGCAUCAAUGGUGCGCCAUCGUCUGGCCAAGCGGCAAAUCAGUAUAUCCCAAGCGCAGCGUGAUCGUGACGGCGUUCAUGUCCACCACCUCGCUGGCCUUUGGCAUGAUGGCCAUCUUCUGCUACACCGAAUCGCAAAACCCCGGCGAGAACACCAACACGUUCCGCGUGACCGUCUCUGGCUCGGACGUGUACCUUCCCCUCGAGGGCAUCUAUUCUUUUUUCAUCACCUUUCCCUUUAUGGUCAUUCUCUCGAUCAGCCUCGCAAAGUACUCUUGCUACUUGGACCUUUUGCGCAAGAUCUGCCCAGCUCGUUAUCGCAACCACGCGGCCGUAGCCAAGCUGCGGCCCAAGAUGCAAGGCAUGUACCUGGGUCUCGACGAAGCCUACCCACCGGGGAGCCUGCAGCUGGGCCGUCAGAUGUCACGCAAAUCCUCGGAAACGGUCAUGACCGAGCUGGACCUGGCCAUGUUUGAGGAGGUGGAAAUGGAGUCGCGCGAUCCCUUGCAUGGGGCACAGCCCAGUGCCGCCAUCGAUGACCAAGCGCCGUUUAAGGUGAUGCGCCUGUCAUUGGAUGAUGAGAAGAACGUGGAUCAGCAGGACGACGAGGGUGUUCUUGCGAUGCUGAACAAGGAGGAUGAAUUGGAGCGCGCUGCGGGUGAUGGCACGCGCGAGCAAAAGCUGCUGCGCUCUUUUGCCGACGAGCUCAACAUUGCCUUUGACUUCCAGGAUAGCAUCUCCCAGACCGAUUCUGGAUUGGCGGCCGAGGACCAAGUGGAAUAUGACGAGGCCGAGAUUGCACACUUUGAUCGCCUCAUGCGCUUUUAUCGCACCACGUCCUAUGGCCUGGCGUAUUUUCUCUUGAUUACGGGGUUGGUGCUGGCGCUGACCUUUAUGGGCUCCAUGGACGAAGAGGUACAAGUUCGGUACCUCAAGGGCGUGGGCGAGUUUCUGAUUUUUUCGGCCAUUAUCACGGCCCCCCUCGUUUUUUUGGUGGCAAGCGGCCAACGUCAAAUGUACAUGAUGCGCGAGCGCCAGCGGUGUACCGAUGCCGAAUGGCAAUCGCGCGUGGCCAUGGCCACGGCCAUUGGGACCGCGCUCAUCAUGACUCGAGCCAUGAUUCAGCGAGAGAUUGGCCGCGCCAUUCGUGAAAGUUUUGGGCUUUCCAUUCUCUAG